AUGUCGCUGUCUGAGAAAGAAUCUGAGUUCUGGUCGGGAUUUUCAGGAGCUGGGAAGCCGCUAUCAAGAGAUGGAGCUGUCGUCCCUGCUGCCCUUGAGUUUCCGAAAGGGGCCCUCCUGAUAAUGUUUCCCUUUCCUCUUACGUGUGGAGUCCAUGGCAAUAGCGGAGAGGGGAGUGGCAGAUUUAGCAUAACUAGGGCAUUGUCAGGCCAUUGUCCAAUCAUGAAACAGCCACGUUGUCUCAAAUUUCAGCAAGUUAAACAACAGGCUGCAGAAAGCAAAGAUAAAGCAAAGCAGUUAUUGAAGAAAGCUCAAGAGAAGACAAACACAAAAGAGGGUACAGAUUUGGCUAAUGACUUGAAAGAGUCAUUUCAACAGUUCCCUGAUAAUUUGGAUGAAAUUGAUGCUGAUAUUCAUGAGGCGAGAGCAAAGGCUGAGUGCAAUCAAGCUACUAAUGCUGAGAUUGUCAGGAAAUAUGAAGAGAGAAGCAGUGAAAUAGAGAACCUUGAAGCUCGAAUUGAAGAAAUGAAGAGUCGACUGGAGGCUGAUAAAGUUGGAUUAGAAGAAUUAAAGAAAAGUUGGCUAGAUCCUCUCACACAACUUAUUGACAGUGUAAGCAGUCAAUACAGUUCAUUCUUUCAACACAUGGGUUGUGCUAGCGAGGUCUCCUUGGUUCAAAACGAGGACUUUGGUAAGUAUGGCAUUGAGCUCAAGGUGAAAUAUAGGAAGAAUGAGGAAUUGAAGGUGUUGACUGCUCGUCAUCAGAGUGGUGGGGAACGAAGUGUUGCCACUAUUCUGUACUUGAUGGCUUUACAAGGAGUUACUAACUGUCCAUUUCGUGUGGUGGAUGAAAUCAACCAGGGUAUGGAUCCCAAUAACGAGCGUCGAGUAUUUGAACUUGUUGUUGAUACUGUCAGUAGUCUUGGCACUUCACAGUAUUUUCUUUUUUCACCCAAGCUGCUGCCAGACUUGCCGUUUAAUGAAAACAUAGCAGUCUUUGCAGUCUACAAUGGACCUCACAUGCUCUCUCACAGUGGCUGGGAUGUUGCGAAGGCAAUAGCGGCACGUCAGAAUUUUACAGAAGAUGAAGGCAAUGACGACUAGCAACGUCCACGUUGCGCUCGUUGAGAAUUAGCUAUUUCCUAACUAGAAAAGACUUCGUUUGCAGCAGUUGAUAGAAUUAGAGCUUUUAUCUUUCAUUCUAGCUGAAGACCAUAAAGUUGAGAGACUAAACACCUAGACAAGAUACUACUACUGUAGUACUGUUGUUAAAAUAAUAAUGGGUGCUCAUUACA